AUGUCGUCUUCUUCACCAUCGACAACAUCACAUGACAUGAAUGGUGACCGAAACGCGAUCAUAUCUUCUCCUUCCAAUAAAGAGAACGUUUUAUCUGAAUUACUCCCUUUGCAACAAAAUUUGGACAAGGAAAUAUCUACUGACAAGGAUAUAAAGAAGAAAAAAGAACCUGGUAUUUCUCUUUAUCGACUUUUUAGAUUCGCCACUCCUUUAGAUAUUUUUUUAAUUGUAUUGGCUUGUCUCCUCUCGGCUGGUACUGGCGCUGUUCAACCUUCUAUGAUUCUUAUUUUUGGUAAUGUUUUAAGCCAAGUACAAUCUACGUCCUCUUCAAAUAUAAUGCCUGAUGCUGUUUGUCAACCAUCGAAUCUGGCUCUCAAUAGUACUAUGGGUUCCAUCCUUACCUAUGUUUAUCUGGGAACCGCUUCCUUUGGUGCUGCUUAUUUUUCAAAUGCUUUUUGGGUCUGGACUGGAGAACGACAAGCUAGACGUAUUCGAUUAUUGUAUGUGCAUUCUAUUCUUCAUCAAGAUAUUGGAUGGUUUGAUAAAGCAGAAGAAGGUUCAUUGACUACUCGAUUGGUUGUUGAUACUCAACUCAUUCAAGAUGGCAUUUCUGAAAAGUUUGGUCUACUGAUUGCUUCUAUUUCUCAAUUUUUGGUUGGUAUUAUUAUUGGAUUCGUCAAGGGUCCCAAAAUGGCUGGUGUGAUGAUUACCGUGAUUCCUUUGACAGCUGCUUCCGCUGCAUGUAUGGGUAUAUUUACAAAGAAGUAUACACAGCUUGCUCAAGAUCGAUAUGCUUCCGCCGGUGCUAUUGCAGAACAAGCUUUUUCUGGUAUUCGAACUGUGUCUGCCUUUUCGCUUCAAAAUCGAUUCUUUAAACGUUACGACGAUGAACUGGUGCAUGCUCGUGACACUGGAUUGAAACGUGGUAUGGCUAUGGGCUUUGGUGCUGGCACUUUGUUCUUUGUUACUUUUUGUGCUGAUGCUUUAGGUUUCUGGUAUGGCUCUCGUUUGGUGAUCGCUGGUGAAUACGGUGCUUCUCAAAUCUUGAUAGUGUUUUUUUCCAUGCUUAUUGGUUCCAUCGCAUUUCUUCAACUUCCACUCAACCUUUCUGCCGUAUCAACUGCUACUGGCGCUGCUUAUCGUAUCUUUACUACUAUCGACCGUGUUCCUUACAUUGAUUCUGAUUCCAAAGCAGGGUUGACUCCUAAAAAGGUUCAAGGUGAUAUUGAAUUCCGUGACAUUAAGUUUGCUUACCCUACUCGACCUGACAUUACCGUACUCAAGAAAUUCAAUCUCACGAUUCAGCAUGGUAGGACGGUGGCUUUUGUAGGUCCAUCUGGUUCUGGUAAAAGUACAAGUAUCUCUCUGUUACAACGGUUUUAUGAUCCUAUUGAAGGUCAAGUUCUUUUGGAUGGCAAGGAUCUGAAGGAUUAUAAUGUCGCUUGGUUACGUCGUCAAAUUGGUGUUGUCUCUCAAGAACCUGUUCUCUUCAAUAUGUCAAUCAAGCAAAAUUUAAUGGUGGGUGCUACUCGUGAAGUGACUCAUGACGAAAUGGUGGAAGCUUGCAAAAAAGCCAAUUGUCAUUUGUUUAUUACUCAAUUACCUCAAGGUUAUGACACUAUGAUUGGUGGAACUGGAUUACUCUCUGGUGGUCAAAAACAACGUAUUGCUAUUGCUCGUGCUAUUUUGAAAAACCCUUCUAUCUUAUUAUUGGAUGAAGCUACUUCUGCUCUGGAUACUCAAUCAGAACGUCUUGUUCAAAAGGCUUUGGAUGCUGCCUCUGCUGAUCGUACUACUAUUGUGAUUGCUCAUCGUUUAUCUACUAUUCGAAAUGCUGAUCUUAUUGUGGUGAUGGAUCAAGGUGAUUUGGUUGAACAAGGAACUCACAAUGAACUCUUAGCUCAAGGUGGUGUUUAUGCUGAAUUAAUCAAGAAACAAGAAAUUGCUAUAGAAGAGAAAAAGGAAAACGGAAGUGACUUUGAAGAUGACGAUAUUUUAUUGCAAGAACAAGUUGAAGUGAACAAGGCACAAGAAUUAGAGGUGCUGACGGAUAUACCAAGUGUUGAUGAUUUAAACAAGUUGAUUAGUCAUAGUUCGAUGGAUGCUUAUGAACUCAAGAUUCGAAAACAAAAGGCCGAAAAGAAGUAUACAUCCAAGCAAAAAACGCCUCUACGAAGAGUGGUUAUGGAUAUGCGCCCUGAAUGGCCUCUUUUGGCUUUGGGUAUCUUGGGUGCUUCUAUUGCUGGUGCUAUUUAUCCUGCAUUUGCUUUGCUGUUUGCUCGAGUACUAGAUAUUCUCAUGUUCAAGAAAGGCGAUGAUAUCUCUCCUGGUCCAAUACAAGGUGCCAAUCUUUAUUCUCUAUUGUUUUUUUUUAUCGGUAUUGGUGGAUUCUUUGGAUUCGCUGCGCAGAUCAUCGGCUUUGAAUAUGCAGGUGAAUAUUAUACUAAACGUCUCCGUGGCAAAGUCCUUCAAGCUUAUCUCCGUCAAGAAACUGGCUUUUUUGAUGAUGAUAAUCAUACUGUUGGUGCUCUGACUGCCAAACUUGCUGUAGAUGCGAAGAAUGUGAACGAAUUGGUGACCAAAACGUGGGGUGAUAUUAUUCAAAUCAUCUCAUCACUGAUUACAGGUUUUACGAUAGCCUUUGUGAGUAGUUGGACGUUAUCUUUGAUUGUCCUCACUAUGAGCCCGUUUGUCGCUUUUGCUAGUGCCUAUGACACCAAGAUUCAACGUGGUUAUGAAGACAAAACUAAAAAGGUGAACGAACAAUGUGGUGAAGUGGCUGGUGAAGCUAUCAAGGAAAUCCGAACUGUUGCCUCUUUUCAUCGUCAGCAAUUUUUUGAAGAUCGAUAUUUCAGGGCUACUGAACGUCCUCAUCGGAUGGCACGCAAGAAGGCGAUCACUUCUUCUGUAGGAUAUGGUAUUCAACAGGGCAUCAUAUUAUACUCCUAUGCAGUUGCUUUCUAUGGUGGCGUACGCUUGAUGGAUGAUUGCAAGAUUGACUUUCUGAAUAUGCUUACUGCGAUCAUGGCGAUACUUUUGACGAGUCAAGGAAUUGGUCGUAGUUCUUCAUUUACCAUUAUAUUCGCCAAGGCCAAGGAUUCUGCUGUUGCUAUCUUUGAAGUGAUGGACCGUGUUCCCAAGAUUGAUCCUGAAUUGGAAGGUAUUGAACCUGAAACAAUCAAUGGCAACAUUGACUUUGAAAGCAUCUCUUUCUGUUAUCCUGCUCGUCCUAAUGUCCCUAUUUUCAAUGGUGAAUUCAAUUUGAAUGCAAAAUCAAGCACUACUAUUGCUCUUGUCGGUCCAUCCGGCUGUGGUAAAAGUACGACGAUCGGUAUGCUUCAACGUUGGUAUGACCCUAUUAAUGGAAAUGUUCGUGUGGAUGAUCACAAUGCAAAUUCAUAUACACUUAGCAAUUUACGUGGUCACAUGGGCUUAGUUGGUCAAGAACCUACUCUGUUUGAUAUUUCUAUCGCUGACAACAUCCGUUAUGGAGCCGAUGAACACAAGGAAGUCACUCAAGAAGAAAUCGAAGAAGCUUGUAAAUCAGCAAAUAUUCAUAAAUUCAUCAUGGGAUUACCUCAAGGUUAUAAUACUCGUGUUGGUGAUAAAGGAAGUCAAUUAUCUGGUGGACAGAAACAACGUAUUGCCAUUGCUCGUGCAUUGAUUCGAAAGCCAAAGAUUCUCUUAUUGGAUGAAGCUACUAGUGCAUUGGAUAGUGAAUCCGAAAAAUUGGUACAAGCAGCAAUUGAUAAGAUUUUGGAUGAAAAGGAUAGUGGUCGUACAACAAUCACAAUUGCUCAUCGUCUAUCUACUAUUCAAGGUGCUGAUAUGAUUUGUGUUAUCAAGGAUGGUCGUGUGAUCGAACAAGGUUCUCAUUUCGAAUUAUUGAAACUCAAUGGUGUUUAUAGUGAAUUGGUCCAUCAACAAUCUCUCAGUGCCAACUAAGAUGUUAGUUUAGUUGUAUACUAAUAGUUUCCCUUUAUCAUUUUUUUUAUUACUACACUAUUUGUCCCCUAGUAUACUUGUAUAUGCCUUGGAUGUAGAAGGGAAUCUUUUUUUUUUAUUAUUUACUUUUUUACAUUAUACUAUUUACAUAAAUUUGAUUUCUUAUUUUGUUAAACCAGUAAAAC